GAGCCCAGCGGACCCACAGGAGGCUGCAUGCUGUGGACCUCUUCUAUUGGUUGUGGGAAAAAUUAAGCUACUUCAUUUGGGACAUCCGGAGAAUGCUCAGGAGACUGACUGAGUCCCUAGCCUUUGAAGGCUUCAUCCUCUUCAUUGUCUGCCUCAACACCGUCAUGCUCGUGGCCCAGACCUUCGCUCAAGUUGAGAUCCGGGGCGAGUGGCACUUCAUGGCUUUGGACUCCAUUUUCCUCUGCAUCUAUGUGGUGGAAGCUGUGCUCAAGAUCGUUGCUCUGGGUCUCAAGUAUUUUUAUGACCCCUGGAACAAACUGGAUUUCUUCAUCAUGGUCUUAGCCGUGCUGGACUUCAUGCUCAUGCAUCUCAACUCUCCCUCCUUCACACACGCUGUCUACAACCAAAACACCUUCCGGAUCGUCAAGGUCCUCAAGAGCCUGCGAACAUUGCGGGCUAUCUGGGUCCUGCGGAGGCUCAGCUUCCUGACCAGCCUCCAGGAAGUGACUGGGACCCUGGCCCGGUCCUUGCCGUCCAUCACUGCCAUCCUCAUCCUCAUGUUUACCUGCCUCUUCCUCUUCUCUGUGGUGUUCCGGGCGCUAUUCCGCCAAUCUGAUCCGAAGCGCUUCCAGAGCAUCUUCACCACCAUCUUCACACUCUUCACCCUGCUCACCCUGGACGACUGGUCCCUCAUCUACAUGGACAGCCGGGCCCAGGGUGCCUGGUACAUCAUCCCCAUUCUCAUGAUUUAUAUCAUCAUCCAAUACUUCAUCUUCCUCAACCUGGUGAUUGCUGUCCUGGUGGAUAACUUCCAGAUGGCCCUGCUCAAAGGCCUGGAGAAAGUGAAGCAGGAGGCCACCCAGGUCCACGAGAAUCUACUGGAUGACUCACUGAGGGAGCUCAUUGAAGCAGAACCAGAAGAGGCGCUGAGUGAACACACUAGACAGAAGCAGCUCGUUGAGAAACAAUUUGGAACCAUGACUGAGAAGCAGCAGGAGCUCCUGUUCCACUUCCUGCAGCUGGCGGCUGGGGUGGAGCAUUACCAGCAGAAAUUCCGCUCCCAGGCAGCUGUCAUUGAUGAGAUUGUGGACACUGCAUUUGAGGCUGGCGAAGAGGACUUCAGGAGGUGACCCUGGAGAGGCAGCCGCGUCAGACUUCAGCCCAUGGCAGGCUGCCCAGCCAGUGGGUCGGGACAAGAUCUGCUGGAAAGAUUGUUGGGCCUGCAGGGAUGGGCCCCAACAGAGUUUUAAAACCCCA